UCCACCGCCAUACCGUGAAUUUAUCGUUUAUUUGAUUUGUUAUCAGCGCGCCAGAGGCCAGAUAUCACCGCGGCGGGUUCACACUUCGUAGACAUGUAAGCAAACGUGCUGUUUUAAAGAAGAAACGGCCGCCAGGGGGGAUUAAAACGCGACAGGAAAAGUCUCCAUCCCCCCGUUGAAUCAGCGCUAGCGGGUUGACAGCUCUGUUAGCCAGGUUAGCACGACGUUCUGAACAUAAAAGGAUGGCGCCUGUCUUGGUGCUCUGGCUGGCUUUGUCCCUCAGUGGGACUUGGGCUGUGGACAGGGGCAACUUCAAGACAUGUGACCAGAGUGCCUUCUGCAAGCGUCAGCGAGCGUUGAAGCCUGGUGAGUCUCCUUAUCGGGCCCUGCUGGAGACCAUGGAGCUGACCAACACCAGACUCACGCUGCAGCUCAUCAAUGACAACAAUAAGGUGCGUCUGCUGCUUGAGCUCUACCGUCUCCAGGGAAACAUGACGAGGGUGAAGAUUAACGAGCUGAAGCCGCUGAAGCCUCGCUAUGAGGUCCCAGACGUGCUCAUCAGGGAGCCGCCUACUGAGCCCCUGUCUCUCCUGUCUCAGGACGAGAACGGGGUGGUGCUGUCAUUGGGGGCGGAGUCUCAGAGGGUCAUCCUCAGCGCCCGGCCCUUCCGGUUGGACAUCAUGGAAGGGCGAGAAGUGCUGAUGUCUCUGAAUUCACGUGGCCUGCUGGCCUUUGAGCACCUGAGGAUGCGCAAGGACACUUUCUCCUAUAAAGUAACUAGCACAGUGGCUAGCGUGUGGGAUAAUAUCAAGAGGGUAUUCUCUAGUCAGGCAGACCCAGAGGGCGAGAAGAAAGAGGACGCUGAUCAGGCAAACCAGGCCGAGAAAGCCAAAGAAGAGGAAGAGAAAGUAGAAGACGGGAUGUGGGAGGAAACAUUUAAAUCGCACUCAGACACCAAACCUAAUGGUCCCUCUGCUAUUAGUUUAGACUUUUCAUUGCCGGGUGUGGAGCACGUCUACGGCAUCCCAGAACACGCAGACACCCUCAGACUGAAAACUACAGAUAAUGGAGAUCCAUAUCGCCUCUAUAACUUGGAUGUGUUCCAGUACGAGCUGUAUAACCCCAUGGCCCUUUAUGGCGCUGUCCCAGUCAUGUUGGCCCACAACGCCCAGCGAACCACAGGUAUCUUCUGGUUCAAUGCUGCUGAGACCUGGGUGGAUAUCAGCUCCAACACAGCUGGAAAGACUGUGUUUGGAAAAAUGUUGGAUUACGUUCAAGGCUCUAGCGAGACUCCCCAGACAGAUGUGCGUUGGAUCUCUGAAAGCGGCAUUAUUGAUGUCUUCAUCAUGCUUGGGCCAACACCCCAAGAUGUCUUCUCUCAGUAUGCCUCCCUCACAGGCACCCAGUCCUUCCCUCCCCUUGCUGCUGUGGGCUACCACCAGUGCCGCUGGAACUACAACGACCAGGAGGACGUGACUUCGGUGGAUGCUGGCUUUGACGAGCACGACAUCCCCUAUGACUACAUCUGGCUUGACAUUGAGCACACGGACGGCAAGCGCUACUUCACCUGGGAUCCACACAAGUUUGCAACACCAAAGGAAAUGCUGCAGGGUCUGGUGGACAAGAAACGCAAGAUGGUGGCCAUUGUGGACCCUCAUAUCAAAGUAGACAGCAACUACAAGAUCCACAAUGAAAUCCGGAGUCGGGGUUUCUAUAUCAAGAACAAAGAUGGUGGAGACUACGAGGGCUGGUGCUGGCCUGGUAGUGCCGGCUAUCCAGACUUCACUCGUGCAGACAUGAGGGACUGGUGGGCCAGCAUGUUCGCCUAUGAUCAGUAUGAGGGCUCCAUGGAGAACCUGUAUACGUGGAACGACAUGAAUGAGCCAUCAGUCUUCAACGGGCCGGAGGUGACCAUGCACAAGGAUGCGAUGCACGGAGCCUGGGAGCACCGUGACAUUCACAACUUGUAUGGCUUCUAUGUGCAAAUGGCCACAGCCGAGGGUCUGAUCCAGAGGUCAGGGGGAGUUGAGCGACCGUUUGUCCUGACCAGAGCCUUCUUUGCUGGCUCACAGCGCUACGGUGCUGUGUGGACAGGAGAUAAUGCUGCUGAGUGGGAACACCUUAAGAUCUCUAUCCCCAUGUGUCUGAGCCUGGGCCUGGUUGGAAUCUCUUUCUGUGGUGCUGACGUCGGUGGUUUCUUCAAGACUCCGAGCACUGAGCUGCUGGUGCGUUGGUACCAGACCGGCGCGUACCAGCCGUUCUUCAGGGCCCACGCCCACCUGGACACCCCCCGCCGAGAGCCCUGGCUGUUUGGUCCGGAAAACACGGCACUGAUCCGUGAAGCCGUGCGCCAGCGCUACACCCUGCUGCCCUACUGGUACCAGCAGUUCUACCACGCACACCGCACUGGACAACCCAUCAUGAGACCACUGUGGGUGGAGUAUCCUCAGGAUCCUGCUACGUUCGCUCUGGAUGACGAGUUCUUGAUCGGGAGAGACCUGUUGGUGCACCCAGUCACUGAGGAAGGAGCCAGGGGAGUCACCGCCUACCUGCCUGGCAAAGACGAGGUUUGGUUUGACGUCCACACCUUCCAAAAGCACAACGGGGCCCAGAACCUUUACAUCCCUGUCACCAUGAGUUCUAUCCCCGUGUUCCAGCGUGGCGGCUCCAUUAUUCCCAGGAAGAUUCGAGUUCGCAGGUCCUCCUCCUGCAUGAUGCACGACCCCUACACCUUAUAUGUGGCUCUUAACCCCCAGAGAACUGCAGAGGGUGAGCUCUACAUAGAUGAUGGCCACACCUUCAACUAUGAGAAGAAGGAGUUCAUCCACAGAAAGCUUUCCUUCGCCAAAAACAUCCUCUCUUCUGUGAACCUGGCUCCAGAUGCCCAGUUUUCCACCGGCUCCUGGGUUGAACGCAUUAUCAUACUGGGAGCCAGUAAGCCCAGCAAGGUUACCCUCAAGACUGCUGAUGGUCAGGAGAGCCAGCUAGAGUUUGACUUUGACGCCUCCAUGUCGGUAUUGACGCUUCGCAAGCCCGGAAUGAACGUGGGGUUAGACUGGAACGUGAUGCUUCAGUAACCAUGGAGACAUGAGGAGGCACAAGAGGAGAAACUGACUGAAAUGGACUGAACAGUAGAGAGAGAGAGAGAGAGAGGAAACACAAGGCACCGAUGCACAAGACUAACCUCAGCAAGACAACAGGAUAGCCAUCAUGGAAAAUACAGGACAUAAACGCACACACACACACACACACAACGCAUUAAAUACACAUAGAUUUCAUUCCUACACACACACACACACACACACACACACACACACACACACACACACACACACACACACACACACACACACACACGCACAACAAUGUAGACCUGUCAGUUGUACUGAGCCACUUAACAUCGCUGCCAUGUCCCUCUUGUGUUCAAUCUCAAUCACACUGUAAUACCUAACAACAAAAGAAGUUAGUACUAGAUAGAUGAUUAUGUUUGUUACAUUUACAAUUAGAUAACAAUUGAGAAUAAAAAUCAUGUAAUUGUAAUGAAUCCUUUAGGAAAAGAAAGAAAAUAUUCAGGCACACUUUUUAUUUUAUUUUUUAUUAUCCACUUUGUUGUCCAUCCAGUCUGCCUCAGAAGAAAGAUUACUGUUUGCUAUUUAAAAUGAAGGUUCACAUUCAAAGCACAUGCUCCACCUGCUGGUGAUUCCCUCUAUCUGUUUCUGACUUUAUGCUCUUAAAAAACUCAUUCCAGCCCUCUCCUAAAUGAAGCACUUCAAUCAGCUCAGAGCUCGACCUUCUGUACUCCUGCCACAUUUCAUAUAUUUUGGAGAGGACUUGCAGUAUUUUUCCCCAAACAUUGGAGGAAAUAAUCAUCUUUCUCACGAAUCCUGACCCGUAAAUUCUUGUCAAGUCUCUCCCUGAGCUUGUCAGUGAUGAAAUUUUGUGCAUGAAAAUGAUUAUUAUCAUCGCUUCAACGUGGAAGUGAUCGGGUUGUUAAACUGCUACACGCAGAGAUUUUCAGUGGUUGGGAAUUCCUUCAGGGGAGUGAACCACUGAUGUUUGCGGAUCAUCCUGUUAACGUGCUUUUUUUCUUUUAUUGAGUUAUUUUCCAAGCUUUGUUUACUAGAUUAUUUUUAAUGCACUUGAGGAAGAGUGAGAACUUUAAAAGUUGUUUAGAUUUUCAUGUGUUUCUAGAUGUCGGGAUCGUCCAAUGUGUCAUUUGGAUCUUAAUGAAUGGUUAAAAUGUAAUCCUUGAAAGGUGUUUCACUAGCAGAUGUUCAUUUAAAAACUUUUGAUUUAAACAACAAAUCAAUCCUAAAUGCACACAGAGCACUCAUAAAUAUUCAAAUGACUCUGGAGACCCUGGAUUGUCAAAUCAUUGGACCUUUUAGGGGUUUUGUUAUGAGUUUGUCUCCUUGAUUGUUUUAAUGAUCAUUAAUGUACAUGUUGCUGCAAUUUUGUUGGUGAUGGCUUGAAUUGGUGGAAAUGGAAGUGAAGUAACAGACUAAAAUUUGUAAGAUGUACUCUAAAAGACCAAGUGAAAAUAAAGUUGACCAAAUGUAUAAGAA